UCUAUGGUAACGCGUAGGUAGGUACCAAAGAAAAUUUUAAAAAAUCUUCUCUGGUAGGUACAUAUGUCAUUUCUGUCAACUGCUGAACGCAAUAUGCUUUUUAGUGUAAACAGGUUAUGCAGAGCUCGGUGUUGGCGCGCUCAGUUUGUAUAUUUGUUGGUAGUUACUAAAAUAAGGUUGUAGUAAUUGUUUUAUGAAAUAAGAUUGCUUUUAAGAAUGGAUCUUAAUAACGCUGUGAUGACAUGUAGUGUAACCGUUGAGUGGACGACUUCUGCUGGAGCAAUUGGACGUAAAAUUGCUUACCGAUCAGCAACAAUGCGUCUCAUUCGCAAUGAUAUGCGUGAACUUUUUCUGGAAAUGACGCCGGAGAAACUUAAACCAAUUAAAUUUAAAUUAAAAGAAGUGUUGGUGCAUAAAAAAUUUAUGGCUGAAGGAAAAGCAUCCAUUAAUUUUCGAUCAGAAAAAUGCACCAUGUAUUUUUCAAACGCUCCGCCGGAUACAUUAGUAGGAUUUCUUCGAAUUAUAUAUAUUAAGUUAAAUGGUACAGAUAACAAUGAAACUCCGUUACGCAAUAGUGUUCCAAGACAUAUGUUGUCCAAACCUAAUUCAUUUGAGGAAGUAUCUCCAAUAACGUCUAACGAACUUAUAAUAGCUAAAAGAAAGGCGGGAUUAUUGAGAAAUUCCGCUGCUGGAGUUUCACCGUUAGCAUAUAAAAAGCGAAAGUUGGAAGAUCUCAGCAGUAAUGAUUCGUCCAAUGAACCUCAUGCUAAAAAACUGCAACAAAAACCAUCUUUUUUCUUAGAAGAUAGUUUGCCCUUAUGUGAAGAGCAACUUGAAGUGCUGCAUGCAUGCAAAUCUGGUAAGAAUGUGUUUUUCACUGGAUCGGCUGGCACAGGGAAAAGUUUCUUGUUAAAAAAAAUUAUAUCGACUCUACCACCUGAUGGAACAGUUGCUACUGCAUCAACAGGUGUAGCUGCGUGUUUAAUAGGAGGAGUAACGUUGCAUGCUUUUGCGGGUAUAGGCACAGGAGAAUCUACUUUGGAACGCUGCGUACAAUUGGCUUCUCGCAGUGCUUCUGCGCAGGGUUGGCGUAAAUGUAAAGUUCUCAUAAUUGACGAAAUUUCUAUGGUAGAUGGAAAAUUUUUUGAGAAAAUGGAGUAUGUUGCCCGUCAUAUACGCAGAAAUGAUCGUCCUUUUGGUGGGAUUCAACUGAUAUUAUGUGGAGACUUUUUACAGCUUCCGCCAGUUGUGAGCAAAGAAGUUUUGGCAUCUAGUCAAUCACAACGGUUUUGUUUUCAAUCAAGUACCUGGGAAAAAUGCAUACAAUGUGUGUUUGAGCUGAGAAAUGUACACAGACAAAAUGAUCCAGAAUUCAUAAAAAUCCUUAAUCAUAUUCGUAUCGGACAUGUUAAUGAAGAGAUAGCGAAACGCCUAUUGGCUACUUCAAAACAAAAGAUCGAAGCUAAUGGUAUACUUGCCACCCAAUUAUGCUCUCAUACAAAUGACGCAAACUCAAUUAAUGAGUCCAAGUUAGAGAAUCUUUCUGGAGAAAAGAUACUUUUUCGAGCUGAAGAUUCCGAUGCCUCAAUGUCGAAACAAUUGGAUUCGCAGGUACAAGCACCUUCACAACUGUAUUUAAAAUUAAAUGCGCAAGUCAUGUUACUUAAGAACAUAAAUGUAAAUACUGGACUGGUAAAUGGAGCACGGGGCGUAGUGAUACGCAUUGAGAAGGGUAUUCCGGUUGUACGUUUUAAAAAUAAUGUCGAAUAUAUAUGCAAGCACGAAAAGUGGUCUAUAAAAUCAGUUGGUGGAGCCAUUUUUUCACGUCGGCAGAUACCACUUAAACUAGCUUGGGCAUUUUCAAUACAUAAAAGCCAAGGUUUAACAUUGGACUGUGUUGAAAUGUCACUGUCCAAAGUAUUUGAAGCGGGACAGGCCUAUGUAGCGCUUUCACGUGCCAAAUCACUAGAUUCUUUACGGGUGCUAGAUUUUGAUACUAAGCAAGUUUGGGCAAAUCCACAAGUAUUACAAUUCUACAAACUUUUCCGAAGACGUUUGCAGGAUACAACUAUGAUUCCUUUAGGAGUUAAACAUAAAAACGUAAAAAAUGAAUUAAACGGCUUAAAGUCUAGUGCGGCAGCAAAAUUAAAAAAGAGUCUCAUGUCGAAACCUAUUGUUUCAAUUAGCUAAUUUUAUUUUCUUCUAGUUUUUAGAUAAAUUUACUUUUUUUUUAUAUUCAUUCGAAUAAUUUAUAUUCUCUAUAUUCCUCUCAAGAGCUGGAUAAGGGUGUAUAUAUUAUUGCAAUGUUUGUCAAAGAGCAUUCAAAUUACCUAGUUCAUUAUCAACUUAACUAAACGAACCGAGUUAACUAUGUGGGUUUCUCUGUCUAAUGAAAAGCAAACUAAAUUUCUGGUGUUAGAGACAUCGAAUUAACCUUUUAGGAAGAGGUUGAAUGAAUCGAUCUCGGUUCCACAAAUUUUUUUUCGAGAUUGACUCCAUAUUCCAUGUGCAAGUAUGCUUUCAUAUAAUAUUAAAAACUGAUAUAAUUUUUUUUUAUUAAUGCGGUAUCAGUAAAUAUGGAUCAUAAUAGUUAACUAACGAUUACUACCAAGUAUUACAAGUUCGAAUUUCGUAACUAUUUAGGAAAAUU